GCUGAGCUCCGGAGCUAAAGGGAAAGGAGGAGUCGCUGCCGCCGGCGCCCAGGCACCUCGGAGAAUCUGCAGGUGAAGAACCGGUCCCUAGGAGAAAGCCCGGCCGCCGCCCAGCAGCCCCGCGAGAGGCGGUGGCAGUUGUGUGAGUGCGUGCUUGCGGCCGGAGCGGCGGGGAGAGGGUGCCGGUGGGGCCCAGAAGCGGCGGCGGCGGCGGCAGUAGCAGCGGCAGCAUCAUGGACGAGAAGGUCUUCACCAAGGAGCUGGACCAGUGGAUCGAGCAGCUCAACGAGUGCAAGCAACUCUCGGAGUCUCAGGUCAAGAGUCUCUGCGAGAAGGCUAAAGAAAUCCUUACAAAGGAGUCCAAUGUACAAGAGGUGCGAUGUCCAGUCACUGUCUGUGGAGAUGUUCAUGGGCAAUUUCAUGAUCUCAUGGAACUUUUUAGAAUUGGUGGCAAAUCACCAGAUACGAAUUACUUGUUUAUGGGCGAUUAUGUUGACAGAGGAUAUUAUUCAGUUGAAACAGUAACACUGCUUGUAGCUCUUAAGGUUCGUUACCGUGAACGCAUCACUAUUCUUCGAGGGAAUCAUGAGAGUAGACAAAUCACACAAGUAUAUGGUUUCUAUGAUGAGUGUUUAAGGAAAUAUGGAAAUGCAAAUGUUUGGAAAUAUUUUACAGACCUUUUUGAUUAUCUUCCUCUAACUGCCUUGGUGGAUGGUCAGAUUUUCUGUCUACAUGGUGGUCUUUCACCAUCCAUAGAUACACUGGAUCAUAUCAGAGCACUUGACCGCCUACAAGAAGUUCCCCAUGAGGGUCCAAUGUGCGACUUGCUGUGGUCAGAUCCAGAUGACCGUGGUGGUUGGGGUAUUUCUCCUCGAGGUGCUGGAUAUACAUUUGGGCAAGAUAUUUCAGAGACAUUUAAUCAUGCCAAUGGCCUCACAUUGGUGUCCAGAGCUCACCAGCUGGUAAUGGAGGGAUAUAACUGGUGCCAUGACAGGAAUGUAGUAACAAUAUUCAGUGCUCCAAAUUAUUGUUACCGUUGUGGUAACCAAGCUGCAAUCAUGGAACUUGAUGAUACUCUAAAGUACUCCUUCUUGCAGUUUGACCCAGCACCACGUAGAGGUGAACCACAUGUUACUCGUCGUACCCCAGACUACUUCCUGUAAUGAGAUUUUAAACUUGUACAGUAUUGCCAUGAACCAUACGUUGACCUAAAGGAAAUGGGAAGAGCAACAGUAACUUCAAAGUGUCAGAAAAUAGUUAACAUUCAAAAAACUUGUUUUCAUACGGACCAAAAAAUGUGCCAUAUAAAAAUACAAAGCCUCUUGUCAUCAACAGCCGUGACCACUUUAGAAUGAACCAGUUCAUUGCAUGCUGAAGCAACAUUGUUGGUCAAGAAACCAGUUUCUGGCAUAGGCUAUUUGUAGUUACUUUUGCUUUCUCUGAGAGACUGCAAAUAUUAAGAUGUAAACAUUAACACCUCGUGAAUACAAUUUAACUUUCCAUUUAGCUAUAGCUUUACUCAGCAUGACUGUAGAUAAGGAUAGCAGCAAACAAUCAUUGGAGCUUAAUGAACGUUUUGAAAAAUAAGUACCAAGGCCUCCCCUCUAUUUGUGAGUUUUGAAAUUGUUUUGUUUAUUUUCAGGGAAUACUGUUUAAUUUAAUUGUAUGAUUUGUCUGCACUCAGUUUAUUUCCCUUCCCAGCCUCAGCCCUACAUUGUUCUUUGUUAUUGUCAGAUACUGGUGAGUUGUUUUGAACUGAACUGUUUUUUUUUUUUUUUUCUGUAAAAUGUUACUGCACAAGAGCGCUGCAGUGUUUUUCAUAAUAAACUUGUGAACUAAGUACUGAAAAAUGUCAAAAUUUGAUUGUAGCAAAGGGCAGACUGGUGCUGUUUUAUUCAAACGAAGAAUCAAUUUAUAAAUUGUAGAAUUCCAGGUAAAGAAAAAUAAAAAUCAAGGCCACUACAGAA